GCGGGGCCAUGGCCAUAUUUUGUCAGCUAGUUGAAACGAUAAGUAGGUUAGAAAGUGGGUGUGUAUAUUUAUCAUCCUGUCUUACGAAUCACAAGCUUUACUUCCAUAGUUAACUAAACGAGAAAAUAUAUAAUUUGUGUAACUAUUUCCGCUUGUUUGAUGGCAAACAUUGAGUACCAGGCAUUGAUCGUGACCUAAGGUUGUUCAGACCGACGUUUAAUAACAACUUUCCGACACGAACAGUGGUGUGAAAGUUAUCAUUGGAGAGUUAUAGCUGCCAGUUGACAGUUAAACUUUAUAUACGCAAAGACAACAACUCUAUUGAAGGUGGAGCAUUUAGAAGUAACCAUCUACCACCGCAGUUCAUACAUUGCAAAAAUGGGGAAAAUGGUGUGGUUGACUUUCAUAUGUGCUCUUGUUCCCAAAGGGAACACAGAAACAAGCUGCGAUGUAUCUGAAACGAACGUUUUAAAAUGUAAUUUUUCUACAAAUGUGAACGCCACGCAAACAGCCUUUUCAGUUUAUUUUCAGAUGGACAAUAUAGAUAAGGAGCUGCUGGUUGACUGUGUAUGGCUGAAUAACAACCUUAGUUGCCUCAACCAAGAGGGCAUUGGUGUCAAGCAAGAGGUUUCGGAAACUGCUGAAAUCAGUUUGCCAACACGAUUCGUAAGUGCAAAUGGAACGUACAGAUGUCAACUUGAGGGCCUCGAACAUAAACAAGGAACACCCUGUCAGUUUGAUGAAACAAAAGACGAGAUCCAAAACAAUCAGUUUAACGGAUCAAUCGACGAAAAUCCUCCUAAUGACAAAGGGAACACAGAAACAAGCUGCGAUGUAUCUGAAACGAACGUUUUAAAAUGUAAUUUUUCUACAAAUGUGAACACCACGCAAACAGACUUUUCAGUUUAUUUUCAGUUGGACAAUAUCAAUGAAGAGCUGUUGGUUGACUGUGCAUGGCUGAAUCACAACCUUAGUUGCCUCAACCAAGAGGGCAUUGAUGUCAAGCAAGAGGUUUCGGAAACUGCUGAAAUCAGUUUACCAACACGAUUCGUAAGUGCAAAUGGAACGUACAGAUGUCAACUUGAGGGCCUCGAACAUAAACAAGGAACACCCUGUCAGUUUGAUGAAACAAAAGACGAGAUCCAAAACAAUCAGUUUAACGGAUCAAUCGACCAAAAUCCUCAUAAUGACAAAGGGAACACAGAAACAAGCUGCGAUGUAUCUGAAACAAACGUCUUAAAAUGUAACUUUUCUACAAAUGUGAACGCCACGCAAACAGCCUUUUCAGUUUAUUUUCAGAUCUACAAUAUAGAUAAAGAGCUGUUGGUUUACUGUGCAUGGCUGAAUCACAACCUUAGUUGCCUCAACAAAGAGGGCUUUGAUGUUAAGCAAGAGGUUUCGGAAACUGCUGAAAUCAGUUUACCAACACGAUUCGUAAGUGCAAAUGGAACAUACAGAUGCAAUCUUGGGCUCGAACAUGGAAAACCCAGUCAGGUUGAUGAAAGGAAAGACGAGAUCCAGAACAAUCAGUUUAACGGACCCAUCCAUGAAAAUCCUCCUAAUGACAAAGCAGCAUGCAACUGUAUUCUGUGGAUUGUUGGUGGUGUUUCUAGUGCUGUCGCUAUCUGCAUAUUAGGCCUAAUCAUCAUGGUUACGUACAUGCAUGUACAAAAAAGAUCAGGAAAAUCUAAAAUAACAAAUAUAACUGAAGUAUGUUACCGCUUGUCUACUGACAGGAAUGGCGAAAAUGAUCCUUUGGUUGACCAUGAGUUAUCAAGGUCACGCGAAGAGGAAAGCACCGAUCUGUGAUACUAAACUAUUGUCAAUACAUUUUUGUGUACUGACUGAUACACAUCCUUCAACAACCACUCUCAUGCCCAAAGGUUCAACAGUGUCAGCGGUUAUAUCUACAUCUCAACGCAGGAGUACAGGAGA